AGUUGUCCUCCCGGGCAGAGUUUACAGUGGCGCUCGUUAUAUGACCGGAGAGGAUCACGCCUGUUAUCAAAGAGUACAGAAGAGCUUUGCUGUUAUGAAGAAACCCUCAAGAUGUCACAAGUCUGCAUGCAUUUAUCACGGUCUUCUUUAGGCCACAAUGUUUUUACAAGCCGAAGUCAUGCGAAUUUAAGACCAUGUGUCGCAAGGAUGCUGUCCGUGACAUCACAGCUUAAUGCAAAGGCCAGAAAACCUCCAGAUGAUGAGAAUGAAGCAUUCAAACCCAAACCCAUCCAGUUCUCAACCAGCAAAGCCAGCCACCGAACCUGGAAAGUGGACCGCUCGAUGGGCAGCACUUACCAGCGGCCCUGGUGGAAAGUUCUGCCCAUCAGCAUCACUGGAGUGGGCUUCGUCGUCUGGUGCAUGUUCAGGAGAGAGAGCGAGAUAGACGGGUCUCUGGAGAAAAACCUCUAUGAACAUUUACCAGGACUGCUGGCCGAUGAAGAGCAGCAGGACGUCGGCAUCAAAAACAAACCCUCAUAGUGGCUUAAAAGGGACAUUUUCGAUUUGAAAUGUUUAUUUAUGGUUUAGAAGUAAAAGGUUUUCUCCAAGCUGAGAAUCAUCAAAUCGACCGUCCACAUUCUGUGCUCUUGAGAGUGUCUGUAGCUGGGUUUAAAUCGAAGAUUGUAAAGUCAGCGGGAUUGUAUUGAAAGCAUAAUGGAGACACUUUGGAAUUGUAAUUUUGGGGGUGACUGCUAGUUUAUAAAUGUCAUCAGGGAACCAUUAUUGGACACUGAAAGUCAACAUUGAGAAUAUACUUUAAAUAAACUAAUUUUAGCAUUACAUAAUCAAAGGGGGCAAUGUAAAUUAUUUCCUUGAUAUGGUUUACAAACCAUAGACGGUGAAACUUACAUUUUUCAUUACAUUAUGAAAGUCAAACUAAAAAUGGGUGAAAUACUUUGCACUGCUCUUAUUAAAAACAUGACACGAGAUGUGAAAAUUAAAGGGUUGCAAAAAGGUUUGCUUUUCCUGAGAUUUUUUUUAUCAACAUGCCACUAGCUUUGGUUAUUAUUAGGACCUAGAACGCAUUUAAUCAAACUUGUGUAUAUAUAAUCAUGUUAGCAAGUCUUUUGUGUUGGAAAGACAAGUUACAGCUUAAAGUUAAAACAGUGGCAUCUUAAACCCUACUGAAGACAAAAUGAACGGCAAGAAACAUUGAGGUAGUGGAAAGUUUAUUUACAACCAAAUGGCCACAAUAGAAGAGAAACCCAAUAUUAUAAUAAUGAUAGAACUAAAAUGGACAUUCUAACUCAUGGAGCAUGCAGACUAGGCAGAGGCAUAUGAAAGUCUAAAAUACAAACUUUAAAACCCUGAGGAGCUCCCGGAAUGUUCUGACGCUGCCCCCCCUACUAUCAACUUGAACCACAAGAUACCCCUCCCCUACCACAACUACCAAAAAAAAAUACAAAAA